UUGAAUACAUUCUUGAAUGAUUUUUAAAUUUUUUAAAUGACUGGUAUAGACAUGAAUAGCUGUCUCUUUUUUAUCUACCUGGUACGAAACGUUCUACGAGUGUUACGAAGAUUUUCCUCUUUUCAACUUUGAUUACUGUCGUUUAAACAUUCUGACUCACUGUAUGUUUGUUAGUAUACGUGAUCAGUAAUACAUACUGAAUAAAAAAAUUUUCACUCAAAUGAGAGAGGCAAAUUGAAUGGCAUGUGUUCCAAUGUGUUCGACAGUUUACUUCAGGAUCUCGGACCGGUUACUACAUACUACGACUUCCGUUUCUUUCAUAAAUACUCUUUUUUAUAUUUGGCAAUUUAAUUUUUUUUUUUUAAAUUUAUAAGUAAAUUAACUAUUAUAUUAUGGAUUUAUUAACUACGAAAAAUUUAAAUAUGACAAGUAAAAAUAUAGUUGCAGAUGCAUUCAAUUCAUCGACGACGACAAUGAGUCCAUUUACAUCUGAAGAAGAGGACGCGAUUGUGACCCUGGUUGUUGUAGUUGUUGGAAUAAUUGUUGCAAUAAUAAUAUUAUUUUCAUUGGCUAUAUUUAUGGACUGUAGGCAACAAAAACGUGAUUUACUAACGAGAAAACAAAUAAGAUUAAAAAUAUCACAACGAAGAAAAAAUAAAAAUGACGAUCAUAAAUCAUUUGCUAAAGAUAUGUGUCCAAAUUCUGUAACGAAUUUUGGCUCAACCAGGAUAUCAGAUGAAAUCGUUUGAUAAUAAUCAGGAAUGAAAAUAAUAUUUAAGAAACAAGUCAAGUUUAAGACUUGGAAUACGAUAAGUGUUCCUUUCUUAAAAUAUAAUUUAAAAAAGAACUUUAAUCAUGUUGUAAUGGUUUUGAAAAAAUUCAAUCGUAACAUUAAUACGUGAUUUGGUUAAUAUUAAGUCACGAGGUGCUACUUUCUCUGUCGUUUUUUUGUUUGUUUGACCAUCGAAAAAAAAAAAAGGAAUGAACAACAAAUAAUACAGCUUAGCAUUUAAAAUUCAGUGCCAAUUUUCAAGUAUAUAUUUUUAAAUUCCAUACUCUUAAUAAAUUGUAAAGAAUUUCAAACUUGAAAUUGAAUUUUCAAGUACCAGUGAUCAAUUAGUACGAUUAUAAUAAUAAAAUUAAAAAUAAGUUUUCCAUGACUUGUGACAAACAAUUUACAUUAAAUAUUAAAAAACAAGAAGAAAUUAUAUUUUAUCAAUUUGUAUCAAUUCAAUUUUAUAAAUAAAUAAAAGUAAAUUUUUAUUUAAAAUUAUUUUUAUUGUCAGCUGAAAAUAUUCUCACUUUUGUUGUCAUGAAAUACAAAAUAUACAUAUGUAUAUGAAUUAAAAUAUUAUUUUUUUUAGCCAUUAAUAUUUCGUCUAUCAAGACUUUACAUAUUUACAUAUUUUACAGUUUAAAAAUUAAAACUUUUUUGUUUUUCAAAUACAAUUUUCCAUGAAGUAAACAUUUAUUUAAUUAUUAUCGUUAAAAUUUAUGGAAUAUAAUUAUCAUGAUUUAUAUUUUAUGGCCAAGUUUAUAAAAAAAAAAAAAAAAAGUAUUUUUAAAUUUUACAAAAAUUAUCAUAGAUAGCAAAAUUAUGUACUUAAAAAAUUCGUUGUCAAUAUCAGUAGACGAUUUUUUUACACAAUAACAUUGUUAUCUUAUCAUUUGAAGUAAAAGUUAAAAAAAAAAAAAAAAUAUAUAAAUUUACUACGUGAUACA